AUGAAUCUUUCAAUACUGUUACUCCUCCUGUUGGAAGCAACUAAUGCUCAGUUUCCACGACAAUGCACUACAGUGGAUGUGCUGAUCCAAGGCGAAUGUUGCCCAGAUCUGACUCCCGGAGUGGUUCCUGGUUUGGAUCGCUGCGGCUCAUCUUCUGGAAGAGGCCAGUGCAUACAAGUGACAGCAGAUUCCCGACCCCAUGGACCUCAAUAUAUGCAUGAUGGUCGAGAUGACCGUGAGCAGUGGCCUCUUCGUUUCUUUAAUCGAACUUGUCGGUGCAACCGCAAUUUUUAUGGUUACAACUGUGGCUCAUGUCAACCUGGCUGGACUGGCCCCACCUGUGACCAGAAGAUUAAUAUAGUUAGACGAAAUCUUCUGGAUUUUUCUAGUGAAGAAAGGACAGAGUUUCUAAGAGUCUUACAGCAAGCCAAAAGUACAACACACCCUGACUUUAUGAUUGCAACCAGGAGACGUGAGGAGAUCUUGGGUCCUGAUGGCAACACUCCGCAAUUUGAAAAUGUGUCCAUUUAUAACUAUUUUGUGUGGUCUCAUUAUUACUCGGUCAGAAAAACUUAUCUUGGGCCUGGACAGCAAAGUUUUGGUGGAGUAGAUUUCUCCCAUGAAGGACCAGCAUUUCUCACUUGGCACAGAUAUCACCUGCUACAACUGGAGAGAGAUAUUCAGAAUAUGCUACAGGAUCCUUCUUUUGCCCUCCCUUACUGGAACUUUGCCACAGGUAGAAACAGUUGUGACAUCUGUACAGAUGAUCUCAUGGGAUCCAGAAGCAGCUUUGACGACUCUCUUCUCAGCCCCAACUCAAUCUUCUCACAGUGGCGCAUCUUAUGUGAGGCUAUUGAAGACUACGACACAUUGGGAACCAUUUGCAACAGCACAGAAGGUGGUCCAAUUAGACGCAAUCCAGCUGGAAAUGUCGCCCGUCCUCUGGUGCAGCGCCUUCCAAAAGCUGAGGAUGUUGCUCUUUGCUUAGAAGUCGGAUUAUUUGACACGCCUCCAUUCUACUCCAAUUCAGCAGACAGUUUCCGUAACACUGUUGAAGGCUACAGCAAUCCUUCAGGAAAAUAUGAUCCAGCGGUGCGAAGCCUUCACAAUCUGGCUCAUCUGUUUUUGAAUGGAACUGGAGGCCAAACUCAUUUAUCCCCAAAUGAUCCCAUUUUUGUCCUCCUCCACACGUUUACAGAUGCUGUUUUUGAUGAAUGGCUGAGAAGGCAUAACCCUGAUAACUCAACAUACCCAUUAGAAAAUGCCCCAAUUGGACACAAUAGACAGUACAAUAUGGUACCAUUUUGGCCUCCUGUAACCAAUGAUGAGAUGUUUGUUACAGCACCAGAAAACCUGGGCUACAGUUAUGAAGUUCAGUGGCCAGCUCCAGCUCUCCAUGUGACUGAAAUCAUAACGAUUGCCAUAAUUGCUGCUUUGAUCCUGGUUGCAAUUAUAUUCGCUGCAGCCUCUUGUUUUGUGUAUUCCAGGAGACAGGAGGAGCACCAGCCUCUUCUCACCAAUCACCAUCUGACCUAUUCAGACGAUUAUGACAGCAUUCCAACCCCAAGGCAGUCAGAUGUGUGA